AUGCACGAGAAAGACAAGUCGAAGGAUAAGGAUUACUUGCUGGGUCUCCAUUGGGCUGCCACUACUGGCAACGUCGGUCUAGUCAAGUUUGCCUUGGACCAUGGUGCACCUAUUGACGCUGUUGUGAAUGGAUUCAUGCCUUUGCAGCUGGCCUGUAUCAGUGACAAUAAUAUCGCAGUUGUCCAAUACCUUAUCGAUCGAGGAGCAGAAGUAAAUGCCCAGCGUUGGUCCAAGAAGCAUAGUGCAGAUAAAUCUCAAGCUGUGGCGGGAGCUAUUGGAUCGACAGCUUUGCAUGUGGCGUGUGCCAAUGGAUGUGCCAAGAUAGUCGAUCUUCUUUUACGUAACGGUGCCAUGGUGAAUGUUAAAGACAAGUAUGGAUCAAGCCCAUUGGAUAUUGCAGCAGCCAAACACCACGUGGAAAUUGUACGGCUUUUGGAAACAUUUGGUGCAUUACAACAACAAAAACGGAGGCAACAUCACCAUGAACACGAGGGAAGAAGAUCAAUGGACGUAGCAACCAUGUCACAAAGCGAAAAGGCUGAACGUUUUAGACGCCCUUCACUACCAUCUGUCUUCGAGGGUAAAGCUCCACUACACGUUCCUCCAAUCUCAACCUUGCCUUCCUCUCGCCGCACCACCACCGAUGAUGAUGUCAAUAAGCGUCCAGAUUGGUAUGGUUAUGGUGUAGUCAAUCAAUAUGACGAUGACAAUUACCUGUUGUCUCUCGAACGUCGAGCGUUUGGUUUGGCAGCAGCAGCAACAACAACGACAACAACAACAACAAGCAGCAAUAGCAGCAGCAGUGAAGAGGGCAAUACAACAUCAUCCACCACUCUCAAUGGAAAUGGCCCUACUCGACGAGCUUCAUCCACAUCGUUGAAACGCUGUAGUUCGGACGGUGGACAUUUACGUACCACAGCUUUGAUGAAUGCAAUGGCAGCGAACAAUCCUAGCAAUGGCAUUGAUGGUGAACCAACACCACGUCCUUCAGUAGCAUUGGAUGAUGGCCCUGAGGCUGAAGCAUUACGAGGUUUCCAGGAACGAGAAAUGAAAAAGGCUUGGUGGAGUGCAUUUGGUGGUCGUAAAUCGAUGGAUGUUGCAACUUACCAUUACGGCCGUGGCUCAUUGGAUGUGUCUCGCAAAUCCCUUGAUCUCAGACCUAGUCUUGACAGCUUAUCGCAACUUGCGAAGAAGAGCGUUGAAGGUUUAUCACGCAAGAGUGUCGAUGAACGACCUAACAUUCCCACGGAUCACCAAUACAGCGUUCCUGCCAGGCCUAGCUUUCUGUCCCGAAUCGUUGGUGCAUGGUCCAAAAAAUGA